AUGGAUAAUGAAGCAACAAAUAAUAUUAAUAACAUAUUAAAUGACGAUAAUAAUACCAGCACUUAUUCAUCUUCAAGCUCUUCUUCUUCCUCCUCGUCAGAAGAAUCUGAAGAAGAUACCCUCGAUAUUAUUGCUAAUGUAAUUAAGGUUUUUGAAACAGUGCAAGAAAAAG